AUGGCUUGUGCUUCUCCAUCUAUUCUUUGUGCUACGUGUGAGACACUUAGCUCCGAAGUAAAGCCAAAACCAGGUAUUUUAUUAUGCGCAGGCUGUCAGAAAUACUUCUGUUUUCAACAUAUUGUACAACAUCGACAGGAUUUAACUAGUUUACUUGACAAUACAGUUCUGAACGAAAGAAAUGUAUUGCAAGAGAAAAUUUCAACUUGCAAUGAGCAACAGUGGUCUGAUAAUAUCAAAGUACAGAUGGAGAUGAUCAAUAAAUGGGAAAUAGAUACAACCCAACUAAUUAAACAAUCAGCUGCAUGUGCACGCCAACGUUUGCAGGAAAUCGCUCUAAAGGAAGGUGACAAACUACAUAAGCAAUUCGCGAUGUUAUCAAGUGAAAUAGAUGAACUGCGAGAAAAUGAAAAUUAUUUCGAAAAUGAUAUUAAUCAAUUAAUCAAUAAACUCCAGCAACUGCAACAUGACAUAGAACAUUUCUCCAUUGAACUCAUAAUCAAAGAAAUUUCACAUGAAUUGAUCGUUGUCAAACCACUCACGCAGGCAGUGUCUCAUACUAUUGCCCCCAAACCACUCACUCAGUCAGUGUCUCAUACUGCUGCCCCUUGUUACUUUGUUGAUCUUCUACUUACAUCACAGAAACCAAAAGUAUCCAUUGAUCUUUCACCAGAAGCACUUGGUCAAAUGCACCCAAUUAGUGAUGAAUUGCUUGCCUUUUCUUAUGAAGGUGAGUUGCCUACUUUAAAUACAGUUAGCAAAUCAUGGACAAGCCUGCAUGGGAUCGACAGCGUUAUUGAAUUACAUUGGUGCAAUUCUUUAGGACAAUUUUUAGUAUUAAAAUAUGGUGAUCACAGUAAUAGCCCAUAUAAACUAUACCAAUCAAAUCCAUACUCCGGAAGGGCCAAAGAGAUUUGGGCGAAAUCAGCCAAUUCGAUAUCUGCUUCAUUUCGCAAUCUUAAAACGCUAACAUGCUUUGAACAGCAUGUUUUAAUCGUUGUCGAUAACAAAAUUGAAAAGUGGUCAGCAAAUAAGAGCGAUUGGCACACUGAAGGAUAUUCUACUAGUUGGUCUCCACCGAUUUCAUUAUGGUACAUCGAACCAUUUCCACACAGUAACAGUUCCAGUUGUCAAAUUCCAUAUAAUUUGACAACAUGUGAUUUUGUUUACAGUGUUGUUGUUCCACGUACAAACAAUAUUUCGUUUGUCUACAAUUGUAUUGAUAUUCAAGGAAAUAAUGUUAUUGGUGUUUUCACUAGCAAUGGUACUUGUGCAUCAUUUCAUUUGAACGAUGAACAAAUUGUAUCUAACUAUUCAACACAAGAUAAUUUUCUCAUUGCUAUUGAUGGACAAGGUAUGGGUGUAUAUAGUAUUGCUGAUAAUUUUGUAUGUUUUUAUCAAUUAUAUCCAACAUUUGAAUUGUUUGUUUGGCCAAAUACAAUCGGUAUUUCUCCUCGAGGAAUGCAUAUUGGUUCAAAUCAAGAUUAUGCUAUUGUAGCUGGAUAUUGUCAAUCAACACCAACAUCAGCUGUCGAAUGUGGUUUUUAUAUUCGAUUAAAUACAUCCUUAUCGUCUCCGUACAGUAUAAGCAAAUUUAAUAUUGCAGAUGUCUUGCACUAUUCAUGGAGUGAUCCGCGUAUCAUUCGUUACAUGGCCAACAGCCAGACUUAUACAGCACAGUCAGUCAUGUCAGUGAGUAUUUGUUGGAAUACUCAACAGGUACUUAUUGGUAUUCAAUCAUUGAAUACAGUUUUAUUGUAUUCGUUAAAUGAUACUCACAAUCCAAUUAGUACUCGUCAGAACGGAGUGGGAUACAUGGGCUUUGGGAAAAGUGUUGCAUGGCUAGAUGACACAGGUGAGAAAGCAGUGAUUCUGGCCAAUACUUAUACGUAUUCAACUUAUGAAUGGGUUUCAUCAGCAGUGCAUGUCUAUAAUAUUCAAUCUGAUGGAUUCUCUGAUUCAACACAACCGAUUUUUGUCUAUCCAAAUAGUCAACAAGUUCUUUUACAAAUGAUGGCUGAAUCUUUAAUUCGUCUCAGUUGUUCAUCUUCUGGUAAUUUGGGUAUUUUAGAUAGUUUGAGCAAUGGUGUUGGUAUCCUUGUCGCACCUCCAGGUUACUAUCCAAAUACAAACAUAGAUGUAUAUGCAACCAGUUCUAUUCCUUGUAAUCGUGGUACAAAUCGAACUUAUUCUGGAAUUGAAUUGUGUUCUCCUUAUUCAUCAUCAUCAAUGAAUUGUUCAGAAGACUCAUUUUGUCCAUAUGGAGCAGUUGGUGAAGUUUUAUAUUCCGCCUUUGAAUCCAUUGAACAAAUUCAAGAAUAUCCUGAAUCACCUGAAAACACGGUUUUUGAUGAUAUACUUAUGCAAAAUAUGUUCGCAUUCAACGUGAACUCAGUGCAUUGUUUGCUCGUCUCACCCCUUGUUUGGGUGGCUCUCGUCAUGGUAAUUGGCUUAUUUGUAGCACUUUUUCUGACAAUUUCCGAAGCAUUUUAUCCUCAGCAUCACUCAAUGCAAGAUAAUGUCAAGAAAAUAUUUAGAAAAAUUGAUCUCAUCGGUGAAGGAGAGGUAUUAUUUCAUUGA